CAUACGAUAAGGUACCACAGUCACACACACAACCUAGUAAAAAGAGAAUCCAAUUCAUUAUUCAUGGCAUUAGAACAAACACUCGCAUUCACAAACCCCUUCUUCUCUUCAACACCUAAAACCCCAUUUAACACAACUCACAUCCCUACCAAAUCUCUGUCUUUUCCACUAUUUUCAAAAUUAACUUGGGGGAGUUGUCGUAUAAGAUGUUCAUUUGACUAUAAUAGUUCCGUAAAUGGCAAUGUUGAAGUUUAUGAGUAUGAAAGAUAUGCGACUGGGUUUAGUCAGUAUCCACGGCCUUCAGAAAUACAGUGGAAAAAGGAACUUUGUAAUUCAGUGCAGCUUAUUGGGAAUGUAGCUCUCCCGGUGCAAAUUAAGCAUCUUAAUUCUGGAAAGGUUGUAGCUUGGACUCGGCUUGCUGUUAGGAAGUCUCAAAAUGAUACUACUUGGAUUAAUUUGACAUUUUGGGAUGAGUUGGCUAAUGUUGCCAAUCAACAUAUAGAGAAAGGACAGCAGAUAUAUGUCUCUGGUCGCCUAAUCUCAGAUACAGUUGAAGGAGAUGAUGGGAAAGAACAGAUUUAUUAUAAGGUGGUCGUUCAGCAAUUGAAUUUUGUAGAAAAGAACUCUCCUCCUAUUGCCCCUUAUAAUGGGGACUCUAAUUCCAUGGCACCACGUAAAAAGCAAAACAACUAUGCUGGAAAUACCACUGGAUCCACAGAGGAGCUAUGGCAAGCUUUCUUUGCUAAUCCACUGGAAUGGUGGGAUAAUAGGAAGAACAAGAGGAGUCCAAACUAUCCAGACUUCAAGCACAAAGAUACAGGUGAAGCAUUGUGGGUAGAAGGCAGGUAUAAUCCAACAUGGGUGAAAUCUCAACUUGCAGUACUGGAUUCAAAGAUGGAAUCUUUUCAUGAUCAAAAUGACAGCAGAAAUGCAGAUCUCAUGUUCAUGGAUAAUUUCCAAUUUUAGUGUCAGGUCAAAAUCCGACAACUAAUAAGUUGAAAAGGAAGAAGUAUAUUUAACUAGCAUCUGGGGUCAAACGAACAGAUAUCGGCAGGAUGCCGGGGCAAUCACUGGAACAAGGGAAGAUUGAUUCGUGUUCUUAGAAAUCGUACGAGAAUAGAAUUUGAUAUAUCUGCGACGUGCGCCUGGAUGGAGAAGCCGUGCCAUCAAUUACGGGACAAUAUUUUCAUGAUCGAGAAGAAUAAAAAGAAAUCUACACGCUGGUCAAAGUAUUACUUACACUGCGGGAUGGACGCCUUGUUCAAUAAUUCAAUUAAUUAGAAUCUGGAAAUUUGAAAACAAGAUCACACACAUCUCAACAUUUGUAACUGACUCCACGACUUUGAGUUGAACUUCAAAAUAGAAGCAAUAUACUUGGAUAGGAAUUGGUAUUUAAAA